GAAAGAAAAAGGAGCAUAAAAGGAGAGGAAAACAACACAUUAUUAACUGCUGAGAUUACAGGAUUCCUAUAGUGUGUUUGGGGGGCGGGAUGGGAAUGGAUUAGUCUGUCAUUUUCCAUUUGGGGUUCCCUUGGUGUGUCUCUUUCUUGAUGAGUUAUUAACUAUGACAAUAAAGCAGUUUUUUUUUCUUCCACACCAGAGCAUGGAUGAGAUGAAAUUGCAGAGCACAAGUUCAGCACAUUUCAAGUGGACCCAGCAGGCCUGAACGCUUCACCUGUAAUUCUCUUCUCAUCAGGUGCCAGCAUGGAUGUGGAGGAUGAGCCGCUGCUGUUUCAGACCAGCUGGGGAGGCGAGGAAGAUGAGGAUGAGGAGGAGGAAGAUGGAGUAGAACACGCAGCAGGUUGGAGGUGUGGACUGUGGAGGGCAGUGGGGUGGGUGUACACUCAGCCCUGGGCCAGUGGAGUGGUUUUAGGGGUAGUUGUGUCCCUACCCUGUGCCCUGUUUGCCUACAUGCUCCUCUACUGCCCUCCUCUGGACAUAGACCUGUCCUACAGUGCCUUUGAGGUUCACAGCCACUUCUCUGCAGAGCGCUUCGACGCCCUCGCCAUCGCUGUAAGGACUCAGCUGGGGUCAUGGGACAGGCGUAGGCGGGACGUAGAGGACAGCGAGUCGGAGGCCCUGAUGGAGCUCCUGCUGGAGAGGCUGAGGGGACAGGAAGUGUUCAACAGGACGGAUAACGAGGGCGUCACGUCCCCCGCUCCUCAAAAAGCGCUCUUACAGGCAGCAGAGGAUCAGAGGAGAGGAUCCGCUGUGAGCACAGAUAAAAGCACAGUGCUUGAUAUGGGUCAGGAUGAAACGGGGAAGCACAAAGACUCAAAUCAAACAGCAGAGGAGGAGGCGGAGAGAUCACAGGAUGGAAAUACGACUCUGCCUCUCAUCAGGAGGCGCAGGUUUGCUCCCAAUUACUACCUGCAGAGCCAGGCCCAGUGGAGGAUAGAGCUGGUGUUUGUGGCUCAAGGGGAGGGAGACCUGAACAUCUUCACUCCUGAACGCCUGCAGACCAUUCGCCAUGUGGAGCGCCUGCUCAUGCAGCACCCUCAGUUUCAUCAGUUCUGCUGGAAGCCUCUGGAGAUGCUGAGGGAUCUGCCACUGGGACCCUCCUACUGCUCCCCCCCCAGCUCCCUCCUGUCCUACCUGUACCCCAGUGAGAGAGGAGGCAAGAUCUACUACGAUGGCAUGGGCCCUGAUCUUGCUGAUAUUCAAGGGUCUCUGAGUCUGGCCAUCACCCACCCACAGUUCUACUGGUACGUGGAUGAGAGUCUGUCUCCUGAGCGACUCUCCUCCUCUCUCUUACGCAGUGAGCUCCACUUCGGGGCUCCUCUCCCUUCCUUCUACUCCCUGCAGGACCGAGCUCACGAGCAGAGGUCACGCUUCAAGAACUUUGUGGUUCAGUACGCAGACAUCCUGGCCGAGCAGUCUACCAGCCAGGUGAAGGUGCUGUACGGGGGCACGGAGCUGUUUGAUGAUGAGGUGAGACACACCUUUCACAACGACAUGAUGCUGGCUGUCAUCAGUGGAGCCUGCAUUACUGUGCUCGUCUAUGUCCUCACCUCCUUUUCUGUGUUCCUGACUUUCUUUGGACUCGCCAGCAUUGGACUGAGCUGCCUGAUGGCUCUUUUCUUGUACCAUGUUGUUUUUGGCGUGAGGUACCUGGGCAUCCUCAAUGGAGUUGCAGCCUUUGUUAUUAUUGGGAUUGGGGUGGAUGAUGUAUUCGUGUUCAUCAGCACCUUCCGACAGGCUUCCCAUCUGCGUCAGCCGCAGCAGAGAAUGAUCUACACAAUUAAAACAGCCGGCCGCGCUACUUUCCUCACCUCCUUCACUACCGCCGCUGCCUACGCUGCCAACACUUUCUCUCAGAUCCCGGCCGUGCAUGACUUCGGCUUAUUCAUGGCCCUCAUUGUGAGCUGCUGCUGGCUCUGGGUCUCCGCCCUGAUGCCCGCCGCCCUGUGCAUCUGGACUGAGGUUGUGGAGCCUCGGGAACACGCCUGGUUGAAUUGCUGGAAGCUGUUUUCAGGACUGUCAGCGAGCCACAGUCCUUUGUCAGAUGAGGAUGAUGACGUGGCACUUCUGUCAGUGGAGAUGGAGCCAGGCUCCUGUGACACAGACGGCGAUGCAUCCAUUCUGUCCCUGUCGGUGGAGACACCUCCGUUUGCUCCGGGGCAGCAGCAUGUGGGCGUGGUGAGCACUAACCUCCGAUGGGCCCUGAAGCACUUAGCGGCAGAGCCAGCUGUGGAGCGACGGAAAGCCGUUCUAGGUGUCUUCCUCCUGGUUCUGCUCUUAUCUGCCGGCUGCUGCUGUUUCCUGAGGCCGGCCACUCACGCCCCCCUCCUCUUCCGCCGGGACACAAACCUCCAGACUCUGCUGGCUCUCAGGAGCAACCUCAGCGGGCAGGGCAUCUCCUGCCCCAUGUGCUCAGGUGUGUUCAUGGAAAAGCCCCAUCCUCUGUACACACACAGUAACAAGCUGUCUUCUGUCCUGCCUCUGCUCCACCCUGAGUGUCUCUCCCUCCCGCAGCCCAACCUGCUCCCGGGGCAGCUCUCCCACGGGGCGGUGGGGCUGCACGGAGGAAAAGUCCGCUGGCUGUCCAUGGCCUUUGAGUCCACCACAUACAAGGGCAAAUCCUCCUUUCAGACCUACUCCGACUUCCUUCAGUGGGAGAACUUUAUCCAGGAGCAGCUCGCCUCUCUCCCACAAUCCUCUGCUCUGCAACGGGGUUUCCAGACCUGCGAGCACUGGAAGCAGAUCUUCAUGGAAAUCAUAGGCGUUGAGAGCGCCCUCUGGAGUCUGCUGCUGUCUCUGGUCAUCUGUGUGGCCGCUGUGUCCGUGUUCACUGCACAUCCUCUGCUGCUGCUCCCAGUGCUCGUAACCAUUGUCGGAGUGAUCUGUCUGGUGGUGGCCAUCAUGUAUUGGCUGGGCUGGGAGAUGGGAGCGGUCGAGGCCAUUUCUCUCUCCAUACUCGUGGGAUCUUCCGUGGAUUACUGCCUGCACCUGGUGGAGGGGUACCUGCUGGCUGGGGAGACCAUGACCUCCACUCCUGGGCAUAACUCGGAGCCGGGGGUCGAGAGGCAGAGGCGGACCCUGGAGGCAGUCAACCAUGUGGGCGUUGCCAUAGUGUCCAGCGCCGUCACCACGGUGAUCUCCACAGUCCCUCUCUUCUUCUGCGUCAUUGUGCCUUUCGCCAAGUUUGGCCAGAUAGUUGCUAUAAACACCGCCGUCUCCAUUUUGUUCACCCUGACUGUGACUGUGGCCAUGUUGGCCUGGAUGGCCCCCCCCCGCUUCAACCGCACCCCCCGCGCUGUGCUGAAGGCCAGCCUCGCCGUGACGGUGGUGUCAGUCUUGGGAGCGUUUAUCUGCUGGGUGGGGGGACAGUUUGGAGCGCUGGCCUGGCAACCAAUCAGCACCUAAACACACACCCGUCCGCCAACUCACACUGAUGUCAGACAGGGGAGUUCCUCUGUUCACUGAAAGCACUCAGAGUAGCAGAUCAGUAAAUGAUCUCUACAGCACAAAGAUGUCAGAUUCCUUUAUUCGAAGCUGUUUCUCGUGACCAAACACAUCUUUUUAUCUUCUUAAUCAGUGGAUUGUAAGCACAUGUAUUAAGUGUUAAUGACUCACUGAAGUGGGUCGACCUUUCUUGGUUGACUCAAUGAGUCAGUUAUUUAUUUGAUCUCAUGUCGCCUUCAGCCUGGAGGUGGAGAUGAUUAAGUGAUCAUUGGGAAACGGAGGCUGAGUCACAGUUUUCAUUGGUGUAGCUCAUCGAGUUGUGAAGAGCUGAUGAGUGUUCUGUGACCUGUGAACACCGACAGCGUGCUCUGACGUGUGUUAACCGGCUCUCGUGAUCAACACAUUUCUUUCACUUAUUGUAAUUUUCUUCUUGAAUGUUUUUACAGCCACAUUUGUAAAGCUGUCUGGAUGUGGCUGGAUUAAAAGUUGUACUAGUCACGUUUUUACCGUGCACAGUUUUGUGACGUAAAUGUUUCAGUAAGCUGCUCUCCUCACACAUUGUGAACUGAACUCUUGAUGCUGCCAGCACAAACUUCUUCUUAAGAGAUGUUUAUACUUAAAGGUGACCUAUCAUGCAAAAUGCACUUUUGUGCGUCUUUUCUACAUGAACAUGUGUCCCCGGUG